AUGAACGUCAUUCCGAAGGGCCUCAGUGACUUCAAUGGAGCCUCGACCGCUUGGGCUUGUGCGACUCGCGGAUUGAGAGAAAUCACCACGCGGAUUACAGUUGGACGUUCGCAAGCCCUUAGUAUGAGUGUGAACGGUACCGAAGGAGAUGCAACGAUGAAUUGCGUUGAGGAAUUCACGGAAUUCAUUCUCACGUCAUUCUAUUCUGCUCAACGAUCCUCUUGUGUUGCCGCAAUCAGUCUGCUGAAUCCAAAACAAAUUAAUUGUUUUGACAUUGCGUGUUCUCUGGAAGGUGGUGAUCAUGGUCCAUUAGAUACGUCCGCAAAUAUUUCCAUCCAGCGUUUGGACGGUGGACAGAAUGCCUUUGUC